CUCGCGCGCACGGUCAGAUCUGUGGACAGUCAGUGGUGGAGUCACUUCAACCUGCUUUACUGCUGUAACCUGCUGAGACACGCAAACACACGGAAGUACCAAGUAGACCAGCUUUAACACUGUUUAUGUCACAAGACGUCUUGAAAGGCAGGAUAUUAAGAUUUUAGAGCGCGUGCGUUCGGUGAAGAGAAACCCGGAGCUCCUCAACCUGCACUGGGAUGAAUCGCUGCACAGCCGCGUUACUUCUGUUGGUCAUUGCAGUUUAUUCGCUGAACACAGAAGCAUACAAAUGCAGAUGCACCAGGAAAGGCCCCAAGAUACGAUACAAGGACGUGCAAAAACUUGAAAUUAAGCCUAAACAUCCUUUCUGCCAGGAGAAGAUGAUAUUCGUCACCAUGGAGAAUGUGUCCCGUUUCAAAGGUCAGGAAUACUGCCUGCACCCCAGACUGCAGAGCACCAAGAACCUGGUGAAAUGGUUUAAGAUCAUGAAGGACAAACACAAGGUAUACGAAGCCUAAAAAUGCCAUCGUGUUACAGAGCUACAAAAGGUUGAAAUGUCUGUGGAAUGUACAAGACCACCAGUGCAUCUGUGGAUCAGCAGAGGACCAGUUUUCCAAGCUUACCAAGCACAAGACCUUUUCUUCAGGAACAAAAUAGAAAAAACAAAUACUCACAUUUCAAAUGUAAUUGUGGUCCAAAACAAGCACUAUGUAUUUAUUCCAAGUGUUUAAAAAAAAAAGAAAAAGACUGAGUAAGAAAGUCUGUGUGAAUCAGAUUUAGAUGCAAGUGAUCACUGCCUUUUCGGGUGAAAUGUGUUUCUCCUGAUAUAGGCUUCUCAUUUAUUUUUGGUCUGAUUCAUUGUGUUGUGGUAUGUUAAAAAGGUUCUGCCACAAAUGUUAUUUAACUACCUGAGAGAAGCCAUACAAUAGUGUAUAGUAGUGUGCUGUCCAGAUGGUUUAAACAACAUAGGGUUAUAAAGGGGCUUUUUUCACUUUCCCAGUCAUUGUCCAUACGUGAAUACAGACCAUAUGUUAUUUUGUUAUCUCAGUAAAGCUAGUUUCAUAUGUGGUGAUAUAGAGCAAAACCAUAUUUGAAAAGAGAAUAUGUCUGUAAAUAAAUGUUUACUCUGUGCCAUACCAUUAUACAACAGGUAAGAUGAGUCAAACAGGAAUUCUGAGCAAGGCAGGUAUUGUAAGUUAGGACUGCCAAGUGUGUGCUCAUCUAGGCAAAUUUGCUAAACUGUUCCAUUUACCUUCAUGAACAGCUCUGCACAGCGACAUACUAUAGAGAGUUAUUUAAAACCUCAUCUAGUUUACCUACAAUAUCUGAGGCAACAUGUGACCAUACCACUCCGUUUCGCUACCAAGGUUUUUCCUCCAUGCUCACAUUUCUGAAAUAUGAGCGUGUGAAAUCUGAGGCCUACAGUAAGUCUGUUUACCUGAACCUUCGUAUUCAAUCUUAGCUCAUCAUAACCACCGCCGCCUCUUCUAUAAGGUUUUUUAUUACUCAGGCUUAUUUGAUAUGAGAAGUCUGGUAGUUUAUUUCCACUGAAUGGAUGGUCAUGUAAAUCACAUGUAUGUAUCUUGUUAAUAAAGAAUAUUUGGCCUAGGUGUAUUGUUUAGAAUUUCAUAGUAGAAUUAUACAGUAUGUUGUAUGAUAAAGCUGUUUCACUAUUUAAAUAUACAAUAAUAGAAAUAUUGCAUUCUUCGUGUACGGGUUUACCCACCCAACACUGCUUCAGUUGCAUUCCGAGGAGUGUAAUGUACAAGCACAGCAAUAAAACUAUUUAAUUGACUCUUA